AUGGCAAAGGUGACCAAGAAAUCAUGGGAGCGAAAAUCCACUAGCACUAGGCGGUGGAAGAAGAAGAAGACCCGCUCUCAACCUAAAUCAAGACGCAAUAACAAGGUUCUGAAGAUAUACAAGAAGAUAAAAAGACCAUUUCACAUGACCUCAAGGAAAAAAUACUCGCCUAAAGUUAAAACUACUUCCAGAAGGCGGAAGAGAGAGAGAAGGGCCAACAGAUUUCAGCCAUAA